AUGUCCCAUCUCCUGCACAACCCAUACAACAAGCCCUCUCCGUUCGACCUGCCUCGCGCAGUGCACCCCCUCACGCCUCCAGACACAGACAGCGAGUUUCUUGGCGCACCCUUCCGCUCUGCCCCCAUUCAUGGAACGGAUGCGUUGGACGCCGACCCCAUCGCACCGCAGGCCUCUGCGAACGAAACUUCCACUCCUUUCUUCCGCAGGCAACCCUCCGUGUCUUACAUCAACUCGGGACCGCGAGACUUCCGUGAACGCGGUCCCCAGAGGAGCAUGAUCAAAUGGCUUGUUGUUGUGAUACCUCCGACGUCGUUCUCGACGGAGCAUGGCCACCUGGGACAUACACUCUCUUCGGGGUCACCCAACCGACUCUCCCAGGGUAUCCUUAUGCCACUAUUCCCGACGAUGGGUGGUCAACUCGGCGCGAUCGCCCGCGAGUUCAGCUUCCCCAGCACGGCGGGCCUGUGUCUUUAUUUGCACACGAACCACAAUGGCAUCUCGCUGUAUCCACGCAUUACGGACGAGUCAUGGCAGUUGCUAUGGUCCCAUCUGUUUGAUGUCCGCGGUCAUGGCAUGCAACAGCCUCAACUGCCCAUUAGCGGACAGAUCGAAUUCGACAUCGACUUCAGCAAGGCACGUUGGUACGAUUCGUGGGUAGCAUCACCCAAGAAGGACUAUGCGGACGUGCCGCAGUCGGUGGCUGGCCAUUCUCGGCUCCCAUCAUUGUCGCACUGGAGGGGGGACAGCAGGACGACUUUCUUGGACGAACAGGUAGAUGACCAGGUGGACAGCGUCUCCGUUGUGCAGCAGCAGCAACUGAAGGCGCCGCGGAUGGUCCCAAGGAAACUAUCACUCCUCGAUCGUUUUGACCCGUCGUCUGCUGUGCCGACAACUAAGCCCCCGCGUCACGACUCCCCGCAGAGCCCACUGUCCGAUGCCCAGUACAGGGUACUCUCGCCCAUCGCGCAGGAAGAAGAGCCGAAGACCGCACGAAAGAAUGUCACGAAUUACGUCGCAGAAUGGCGUGCGAGUGCAAAGAUUUCCCCUAGUCCCUUGGCCGCGACUGGACAGACGAGCUUGGAUGCGGCGAACAUGCCCAACAUCCUAGUCGAUCUCCCGAUUGCUGAGUCCGAGGUCGCUGAGUCUGAACUCAACCUCGAUGACUAUGCAUGGUCCGUAUCCUCGCUAGGCCCCGCGGACUACGACAUAGACGACGGAGACGAUUCAGAGUCAUGGCGACUUCCCUCGCCCGACCUCGCACGUCGCCAACUGUCUGAUGCACCUCCCACACCGACGACCGCUACGAGUUGGGGCGCGCCACUGUCGUACCCGCCUUCGCCUGUGUAUGGCUACUCUGACUACGCUCCCUCUGUGGAUUUGGCAGGUAGGGCUGAGUUCAGUCGACCGGUGACGCCUAUGACUGCCACCAGCUGGGGCCCUCCCUCCUACCCGCAGUCUCCGGUCCAUGCGCUCUCUGACUACGCGCCGUCGGUCGAUCUGGCGGGCAGGGCCAUGUACAGUCGGCCAGUCACGCCUAUGACUGCGACCAGCUGGGGCGCCCCUUCUUACCCCACGUCCCCGGUCAGCUUGCGCUCCGGGUACGCGGCUUCGGUCGACCUCGGGGGACGGGCUAUGUCCAGUCGUCCCGCGACGCCAUCCACGGCGACCUCCUGGGGCCCUGCAUCUUGGCCCGCCUCUCCCAUCCACGAGUUCCGCGUAACCACUCCCGACCUCGGCGCGCGCAUGUUUAGCGCGCCCACGUCUCCCCUGCCGUUCAGACAGCGCUCGUCGUCCGUGGAGGAAUCUGCGGCGCCGAGCCCCAUCACCAGCUACCGCCUUCGCGGGGAAAAGUGGGAGUUUGUCUGGCCGUAUGUCGGUGGAGAGCUCGUGACGAUGGAGCCGCCGGAGCCCCAGGAGAAGGCGCACCCGUCUUCGCUGCUGGUCUUCCCCUACUACAAUGUGCCUGAGCGUGGUCCGAGCCCGGCGCCGCUUCAGAAGAAGGCCCCUCCGCCGUCUCGUAUGGUCUUCCCGUACUAUGAGCCCAAGGACACCAUGUGGAACCACGUUUGGCCGUACCAGACGCAGGCGAAGCCGCAUGAUGCUAUCGAGGCGAAGUACCCGUACUUCAACCUUUACCCCGCGGUGUAUCCUGUCUUCGAUCUUUACCCCGCUGCGGUCAGCAUUGUGCCCACGAAAGCAGACAAGGAGAAGUCUGUCGUCCUCGAGGGAUCGUAUGCUGCUUUCAACUUGUACCCUGCGGUGUACCCCCACUUCGAUGUUUAUCCCGCAAAAGCACAAAGGAACGCAGAGCCGCAGGCAUCGGGUGUGAUCGCAAUGAAACCUGCGAUCCAGGUGAAGCUCGCUGCGCAUUACCCCUGCUUCGACCUAUGUACGUGUUUUACGGAAAUGAAGAAUGCACGGCGGUUGAUGAUGUCCACAGAUCCUGCCGUGUACCCUGCAAGCCUGGAGAAGAUUUAUCCCGAUGUCAAGAUGGCCUUCAACUCCAAGGACAUCUUCACGAAGUUGAAUGCGGUGUAUCCUGCCUUUGACAUCUACCCUGCUGUGUAUCCCUACAGUCUUCGCAACGUCUAUCCGGUACAUGGGGUUCAGGAGGGUAAGGCACGUACCCUGUCUGUCGACCUGCCGUCUGUGUAUCCGUCCCUGGUCGUUUACCCUGCUGUGUAUCCGUGGAACCUCGUCUCUGUGUACCCUCCCUCAAUUCUACCUGCCGCCGAUAGACCAAUCCCAGUGCAGAAUGAGACGGCCAUUUCUGUGAAGCUGAAUGCGUGCUAUCCGCAUUUCGACCUCUGUAGGUCCCUAUCUGGAGCUCACGAUGGUAUUCUGACUUCGAGUCCAGACCCCGCAGUCUAUCCGUACAGCUUGGAGAACAUCUACUCUUCUGCCGGUCCUGUUGUGACAAGCGCCAGUAAGGUUGAGGUAUCUCUGCAUGCUGCGUAUCCAUACUUCAGCUUGUAUCCCGCAGUCUACCCAUUUUUCAAUAUCUACCCAGAGGCAGCCGGCGAAAGCAGUCACACUCAGCACCAGGUGAGGGUGAUGUUGUGUGAGACGCGGUAUCCCGCGCUUGAGAUAUAUCCUGCUGUUUACCCUUUCUUCCAUAUCUACCCAGAGGUCGUGCGUGAGGCAUCGCUCAACCUGAAGCGGGAAGUUCGCGUGACCGUAGCAGACACGAGGUACCCUACGCUCGACAUCUAUCCCGCCGUGUAUCCUCAUUUCAAGCUGUAUCCUGCGGUCUCGGGUGCAACGACAACAAUAGUUGAGCAUAGGUCUUUCUCGAGCGGGACGACAACCCGUUACCCCGUGUUCGACAUCUAUCCCGCCGUCUAUCCACACUUCUCCAUUUACCCACCUCUUUCAAGCCCUGUCAGGCGAGCCGCGAUCACCAGCAAACAGCGCAAACCCAGAUACACUCAUGCGCAGCUGCACGAGCAAGUCUUUGCACAGAUCUCGAGCGGCGAGGCAGCGGAUAGGGCCUCCCCUCUUCCUCAGCAAUUGAGCCAGCCUGUUGUUCGCCCACGAUCUCGCACCGGUUCACUGACGAAUCGGCCAAUCCCUCCACCCAAACCUACGGAUCCGUCUAUGCUGAAGCCCCCACCGCCUCCCCAUCGCUCGAGCAGUUUACUCCACCCCGCGGUCAACCCUAGACUCUCGGUGGCUGGGGCAGGGCCAUCGAUGCGUCCAGCAUCCUUGGUGGGACUGCCAUCACAUCCGGCAGCGUUGAGAAGGACCUCUUCUCUCGCGAAUGGGCCGCGGCCACACUCGUCGGCAAGCCCUACCUUGGCAACAGUCGCAGAACCCGGACUCGAGAGGUCAUCUCAGGCUGUACACCGCCGGAUAGUGCCAAAGAACUCGUUGGAGGCUAUGCGGGACUCGGGCAGGCCGACUAGCCGACUCAACGUAGAUUCCACUACGGAAGACAACCCCGCGCGUAUCACCAUGACGGCGCUGUCGCAAUUCCCGACACCGCCGCGGCCGCCCCUUCCGACAUCGACCCCACCGAAGGCGAGGCCUGUCUCCAAGCUGGAUCGAUCCAAGUUCCCCUUCAUUUGA